AUGUCGGAUAGUUUAAAUUGUCGUAUGUACGAUAAAAAGUACCCAGAGGAGAAUGAACUCGUUAUGGUUAUGGUCAGAAGCGUAGGAGAGAUGGGUGUCUAUGUUUCUCUUUUAGAGUAUGACAACAUUGAAGGUAUGAUCCUUCUCUCUGAAAUCUCUAGACGUCGUAUCAGAUCCCUCACCAAGUUGGUCAGAGUCGGUCGUCAAGAAGUUGUAGUUGUAGUCAGAGUCGACAAGGAAAAAGGUUACAUUGAUCUUUCAAAGCGUAGAGUUACACCAGAAGAAAUCACCAAGUGUGAAGAUCGUUAUAAUAAGUCAAAGGCUGUACGUACAAGUCGGCAUAGAUCUCUCUCUCUCACUUUACAUGUUCACAGUAUCAUUAGACAUCUUUCAACCAGACUUACACAAAUCUCUGAAAAGACAGUUUCUGCUAAACAAAUAUAUAGACAAUUUGGUUGGGCCAUCUAUCAAAAAUUCGGACAUGCCUAUGAUGCUUUUAGACUUUCCUUAACUGAACCAUCAGUAUUUGAUGGAUUUGAUAUUCAACCAGAACAAUUAAAGAUUUUGAAUGAAAUUAUCGCACAUAAACUCAAGCCACAACCACUCAAGAUUAGAGCAGAUUUGGAAUUGACUUGUUUCGAUUAUGAAGGUAUUGACGCCAUCAAGGCUGCCAUCAGUGCCUCACAAAACCACGCCAUGCAAAGCGUCGUUGUUCCACAAGAUGCCACCCCAGCAGACAUUGACAAGCUCUUUGGUGUUGUCACCAUCUCUUUGAUUGCUCCACCACUCUACGUUAUGGUCGGUACCUUUGACGACAAGGAAAAGGGUGUCGCCGCUCUCAACAAGUGUGUCGAAGUUCUCGGCGAGGAAUUGGAAAAGCGUAGCGGUAAGCUCACCGUCAAGAUCCCAGCCCGUGCUGUCGGUGCUUCCGAUGACCAAGAGUUGGAUGAUCUCAUGGAACAAUUGGGUCGUGAGAAUGAAGAAAUCGAUGGUGACGACUCUGAUGAUGGCUAUGAAGAAGAGGAAGAUGAUGAUGAAGAUGAGAAACCAAAAUCAAAAUCAAAGUCCAAGCAAUAA